AACAAAUUCAAUUCCUUUAAAUUCUUUGUUUAUGAUCUAAAAAUUAUUUUAGCUUCAUCAUAAUUAUAAUGGAAUUGCGAGCCCCGUUAUGGUUAUCAUGGUUGAUUGUGUUGGUUGUGUUGCCCUGUGCAUUUGCCCACUGGAGUGAAUGGAAGGAGGGUCAUGCCACAUAUUCUGGUAGCCCGGCUAGAACCGUUGGCAGCGCUUGUGGGUACGAGGAACAAAAGAAAACCUACGGCCUAUAUACUGCAGCUGUGAGCACAACAUUGUUCAAAAACGCAGCAGGGUGCGGAGGGUGCUAUGAAGUAAGAUGCGUAAAGAGCAAAAUGUAUUGCAAGAAAGGGCACAAGUCGGUGGUGGUUACCGUCACCGAUUUGUACCCUCGGCUGCGUGGGUGGACCCCACCACUCCCACAUUUCGACUUAUCUCAACCCGCGUUUCUCAAAAUUGCCGACCACUUAGGUGGCCAUGUUCCGGUCAUGUAUCGCAGUGUUCCAUGCAAGAGAAAGGGAGGAGGUAAGUUUAAGAUAUCUGGAAAUUCGUACUUCAACAUAGUAACGGUGACAAAUGUUGGGGAAGGUGGGGAUGUUAAAAAGUUGGAGGUGAAAGCUGAUGGGGAGAAGAAAUGGAAGGCGCUAAAACGCUGACCGGAAAAGCCCUCACAUUCAGGGUCAUCACCAUGGACGGGAAAGAGACAGUUUCUCACAGUGCCGCCCCCAAGUCGUGGAUGUUCGGCCAGACAUUUGAAGCCAAAAUCUCCGACUAGCUUUAAUUAUAUAUGCAUUUAAUUGCGUUGAAUUUGAUUUCGUGCAUGUUUUGUUGUAAGUAGUAAGUAGAAAUUUUUUUUGUUGGAGUUAUAUAUUGUUGUCUUUAGUUUUUC